UCCUAAACGAACUUUAUGUGUUCACUUUGAGGUUUCGAGACGAUUAUCUAUCGAGGAAAUCAGCCGGCCCCCAUCUAUCUCCGACGAACAAAUUUCGAAACAAAAAAGGACCAACUUAUAACCAAUACAAGUUUAUAAUACCAUUUUUAGGAAAAAGACCCAUUUACGGUGUGGUAUAUCGGAAAGCAUCUAGCGAUUGAUUUUCAAGCAUAACUCGGUAGCGAACGCAUACGGGAGGCGUCGAAUAUACAAAUAGACAAACGGAUUGUUCCAUUUUCCCGGUUGCUUUACGAUUUCCUUGACAUAUUCUACGAUAUAGACCCAAAAAAUUACCGAUCGAUAUGGCGAUAUCGAGUUCGAGGUGGAAUAUCCGACGGGCAGCAAUAUUAGCAACGGCAAUUGUUAGUGGGGUCUUAGGAGACGAUUUAUUGGUGACGAAUGGGUUCAACAAUUGUGAGGACGAUAGCAAUAUCAAGGUCCAAAAAGUGGAUAUCUCGUACAACAAUGCCGACAAGACAGUGGUUUUCGAUGUUGCGGGUACGAGCGAUAAGAGGCAGAAUGUAACGGCGACGCUUUCCGUGACGGCGUAUGGUCAGGAUGUAUACACGAAUAGCUUUAACCCCUGCAAUGAGACGACAUUCGUUAAAGACCUAUGUCCUGUUCCUGCAGGGUCAUUUGGUGCGAAGGGGACGCAAGCAAUACCUGAGCAAUAUGCUAACUCUAUACCUUCUAUUGCCUUCCAAAUACCGGAUAUCGCAGCACAAGCAACGCUACAGCUUAAAUCAUUAGACGACGGAAAAGACGUAGGUUGCAUCCAAUCACAAGUUACGAACGGAAAGACCGCCAGUGUCGCUGCGGUGUCGUAUGUGGCAGCUGGUGUAGCCGGAGCAGCUUUAUUAGUGGGUGGUGUCGGAGCAAUUGGUGCAGCAUUCUCCGGAGCAGGGGGAGCUAGUGUAGCCAGUGGCGCAGGAGGAGGAGGCACCAUCAGCCCAAAUUUUGGCGAGGUCUUCGGCGUAUUCCAAGGAUUUGCUAUGAACGGCAUGAUGUCUGGCCAACUACCGCAAGUCUACCGGAGUUUCACGAAGAACUUUGCUUUCUCGACGGGUCUUAUCCCAUGGCAACAGAUGCAAGUUUCUAUUGACGAUUUUCGAGGUAUGACCGGUGGAAACUUGACUAAUGAUAGCGUCGACUUCCUGAAAAAGGCUACCCUCGUUUUCCCCGACAACUCGACUUCGACCCCGAACAGUUCGGUUCUCAAGCGAGCUGUCACUGAUAUCGUCACCCUCGCUAUUCGUGAUGUCGAGACUACGGCUAAUGCAACGGCUACCGACGGAAAUGCGGCGACAAGCACUGAGGCAACACUCCGAGCAGCUGUUUCUGGUAUUCAGGGAUUUGCCGCACAAUUGACGGUACCGCAGGCCAACACUUUUAUGACUGUGCUACUAAUCGUUGCCAUCGUUAUUGGUGUCAUCGUCGUCGGUAUCUUACUAUUAAAGGUCAUCCUCGAAGCUUGGGCCCUAUUCGGCAGUUUUCCUGAAUCUUUAACCGGCUUCCGCAAGCAUUAUUGGGGUUCAAUUGCUCGCGCCAUCACAUCCAUGAUUCUGCUGCUCUACAGCGUCUGGGUUCUAUAUUGUGUAUUCCAAUUCACACAUGGAGAUUCCUGGGCCGCUCAAACACUGGCCGCAGUUACACUCGCGAUAUUCACGGCUAUCCUUGCCUUCUUUUCUUGGAAAAUCUGGAGUAUGGCCCGCAAGCUCAAGAAUAGUGAAGGAGAUGCAACAGGCUUAUAUGAAGAUAAGAAAAUUUGGGUCAAGUAUUCCCUCUUCUAUGAAUCUUAUAAGAAAGAUUAUUGGUGGGUUUUCGUACCAGUAAUCGUAUACAUGUUCGCGAAGGGAUGUGUUUUGGCCGCUACUGAUGGUCAUGGUAUGUCCCAAACUAUUGCUCUAUUAGUCGUCGAAGGAUUGAUGCUUGGACUACUGCUUUGGAGCAGGCCAUUUGAGAGGAAAUCUGGUAACGUCGUCAACAUCGCGAUCCAAGUCGUGCGCGUCCUAUCCGCCGUCUGUAUCCUCAUAUUCGUUGAGGAAUUUGGCAUUUCUCAGACCACACAAACCGUUACUGGCGUCGUUUUAAUUGCCAUACAAUCGGCUCUAGCCGGAACACUUGCGAUCCUCAUCGCAUGGAACGCGAUCGUGGCAUGCUGCAAGCAAAACCCCCACCGCAAGCGCAGAAAGGAGAUGGAGAAGAUGCAGCAUGAUAUGGACGACCUAACGCCAUUAGACGCCCGCAAUUCGCUGCUCUUAGAUCGCACUAAGACAAAUGAGUCUACCGCGAUCACUAUCACUUAUGCUAAUGCCGUCGCGGAUGUGAAGAAAGCACCUAGUCGGCGCAGCUCUUCACCUGAGCGGUAUAUGGGGGUCGCACUUGAGCCGCCGAGUUCUUAUUCACCACUCAACGGUUCAUAUAACAGACCGUUAACACCGACAACACCGAUGAGUGGACCGAAUCAAAGCCGCGAGAACCUCGUCGCGAACGCGGCACCUGUUGGACGUCAACCCACGAUACCAAACAUGGGUGGCGGAUAUAGCAGCUAUAACUAUGGACAACAAAAUGGAUAUUCGGCUUAUCGUGCGCCGAACCGGUAUUAAGUUGAGAAAUGAGUCGGAGUGUGUCAGAAAAUGAGAAUGAAAGAAAAGAAGUUUUGAGGAGUGACGGUAGGGAUGAAAUAUACCACCAUGGUGACGGAGAGGAGGAGCAGAUUUAAUUCCGGUUCGGCGUUCCCUAGGAAGCCCUUUAAUGUGUCACGAUACGCUGUAUAAAAAUCAACAGAGCAAUCUAUUUAUACCCCGUCUCACCUGGUGUUGGGGGAUUCGGGGAUUUACAUAGAGGCUUUGAUAUCCAUAUAUAUUCCAUUUUUAUUUGUUCUGAUGGCCGUUCCCUAUCUUCUGUUCUAGUAUAUAGCUAAGCCUGUUAUUGAGUUGUAGUGAUUACGGUCGCAUGUUAUCAAUGUUCAUGAAACCUAGCAUUGUCGGAGUCUUGCUGUGAUAAUCUGUAGAUUUAGUCUUCAUAACAAAUUAGAGUUGAUAUCCAAUUAUCAUGGUAGUCAACUUGUAAUACAGUAA